UAGCGAUAUUUUGUCUUAUGUGGAAAUCACGGAAAUCGAACCAGGACCUUAACAAUGAAUAAUUGACUUAACCCCUAUAGAUCCUGGGUUCCAUUUUCCCUGAAGGCAAAAUCUCACUAAUUUUCAUUGGUGGAAAAGGGGGCGAGAAGAUCGCAAGUAGUGUGCUCGGUGGGGCCGGAACGUUACAAAAUAAGAAUUCACUAUUUUGCCACAUUUUUUCACUUUUUAAGUGUAGUUUGAAAUUGUUGGUAUGAUAUGAAAAAAUUUGAGAUCUUUGUUUCGUACUUAUAGUUCAGAUGGUAGUGUAGAAACAUUUGAUAUGUUGAGAUACAGACUCCAACCUGGGAUAGGGAUAUUUGAUUUAUGUGAAAAAUUUGAUGGAAAAACAUGGGAACUUGACAAAGGACUUUGAGAAAAAAAUCACUCGUGUUUUGUUUUGUGGACCUCAUUUCCCAGCUUCUCAUCAAUAUACAACAGAAUAUUUGCAGAAUCAUUCAUUUAUUAAGGUUGAUGUUCUUCCUUUGGAAGAAGUUCCCAAGGCUAUUUCCAACUACCAUGUUUGCAUCGUGAAAAUGAUGAGGCUAGAUUCGAAUAUAAUUUCCCGUGCAGUUCAGAUGCAGCUUAUUAUGCAGUAUGGUGUUGGGCUGGAAGGUAUUGACAUUGAUGCUGCAACAAAACACGGAAUCAAAGUUGCUAGAAUUCCCAGUGAUGUUACCGGAAAUGCAGCUUCGUGUGCUGAAAUGGCCAUAUAUCUCAUGUUGGGUCUUCUUCGAAAGCAAAAUGAGUUGCAGAUUUCCAUACAACAAAGGAAGCUUGGAGAUCCUAUUACUGAUACUUUAUUUGGGAAAACUAUAUUCAUUUUGGGCUUCGGGAACAUUGGAAUGGAUCUAGCACGGCGAUUGAAACCAUUUGGUGUAAAAGUUAUCGCUACAAAGCGGAGUUGGGCUUCGUAUGAACAACACACUAAUGAAUUAAAUGACGUCGAUGAUCUUGUUGAUGUGAAGGGUAGUCAUGAAGAUAUAUACGACUUUGCAAGGAAAGCUGACAUUGUUGUUUGCUGCUUAACCUUAAACAAUGAAACGGCUGGUAUUAUAAACAAUAACUUCAUAUCUUCUAUGAAAAAGGGUGGCCUUCUGGUGAAUGUUGCUAGAGGUCGUCUUUUAGACUAUGAGGCUGUGGUAAAACACCUCAAAACCGGUCAUUUAGGCGGGUUAGGCACUGAUGUCGCAUGGACUGAGCCGUUUGAUCCCGAUGAUCAGAUAUUGAAAUUUAAGAACGUUAUCAUGACUCCUCAUAUUGCAGGCGUUACGGAACAUUCCUAUCGAUCCAUGGCUAAGGUUGUUGGUGAUGUGGUUCUUCAACUUCAUGACGGGCUUCCUUUGACAGGGAUUGAGUUAGUCAAUUGAAUUAGAGCAAAAAGUUUAUGGUGAUUGCACAUCCAAUCCCUCGUGUUUGUUCAUUUUUUCGUCCUUUUACUAGAUUCUAAUUUCUGAUAGUAUAUUAGAGGCGGAUGAGUAAUUAUUGAAGUUCAUCAAUGGCUUGUUGUUUAGCCGUUGUUUGUGAAAACCAAAGAGCCAUACUAUAUAGUACAAUAAUAUUAUUUGUGUAUUUGAGUUUAUUUGUUGGUGUAAUCGACACAAUUACUUUUUAAACUUAUUUGCAGUAAAUUGAAUAAUUUUGCUCUUAA